AUGGGCAGUCUCGGCAAUAGCAAUGAGGUAUUCCUCAUCUGGGGUGGUAACGGAUGGAUUGCCGGCAUCCUAUACGACAUGCUGCAACAACAAGGACGAAACGUUCAUUCCACGACGAUUCGAAUGGAGAAUCGCGAGCAAGUAAUGGCUGAGUUGCAACGCGUCAAGCCGACUCAUGUCUUCAACUGCGCCGGUGUCACAGGUCGACCGAACGUGGAUUGGUGCGAAGACAACAAGGACGCUACAAUUCGUGCCAAUCUUAUCGGAACCUCCAAUCUGGCCGACUGUUGCUUUCUUCUGGGUAUCCAUUGCACCAUCUAUGCUACUGGUUGCAUAUACGCAUACGAUGAUGCCCACCCCAUGGGGUCUGGCAAGGGUUUCACCGAGACCGAUCCAGCCAACUUCUCGGGUUCCUACUACUCCUUCGUCAAAGCACAUGCCGAACGCAUGAUCGUAUCCGCUUACUCCGCCAACACCCUCAUUCUGCGACUCCGCAUGCCUGUCUCCGACGAUCUAAACCCUCGCUCGUUCGUCACAAAAAUCACCAAGUAUGCUCAUGUGGUCGACAUUCCCAAUAGCAACAGUAUCCUCACCGACCUGCUCCCUUGCGGCAUCAAGCUUGCAGAGAACAAAGUCACAGGGGUGUACAACUUCACGAAUCCUGGCGCGAUUAGUCACAACGAGGUUCUGACCCUGUACAAGCGCUAUGUCGACCCAAGCUUUACAUGGGCCAACUUCAGCCUAGAGGAGCAGGCAAAGGUAAUCAAGGCUGGCCGCAGCAACUGCGAGCUAGAUACGACCAAGCUUGUCGCUAAGAUGAGGGAGUACGGCAUGGAGAUCCCCGAGGUUCAUCAGGCGUAUGCGGAAUGCUUCCAGCGGAUGGCGGCUGCCUCGAAUACAGCUAUCAACGACAAGGAGAACUUUUCGUCGACGGCUAAGCUUGGCGGGAAGGCUGUCGCUAUCACAGGCCCAUCGGACAAGUCUCUCGGCGCCCACACAGCCUACACGUUCGCUGGUGCCACUCCACCACCAGCACACAUUCUCUUACUCGGGCGCACUCUGGCCAAAAUUCAGCCUGUCAUCGACCGCAUCCGACAGCUCAGCUCGUCCAUCAAAGUCGACUUCAUUCCUACCGACCUCGCCUCCAAUGCAUCUGUUCGCGACGCCGCAGCCCAGAUCCUCCGGAAGGUCCCCCAGAUCGACAUUCUCAUCAACUCCGGAGGCGUCAUGGCCCUCCAGAACUACCAAACCUCCACCGACGGCAUCGAAAUGCAAUUCGCCGCCUGCCACGUGGGGCACUUUCUCCUCACAGGGCUCCUCAUGCCCAAGCUCCUCGCCAGCAAGGACGCUCGCGUCAUCUCACUCACCAGCAUGGGCUACGAGGCCAGCCACGUCCUGCUAGACAAUUACAAUUUCUCUAACGGCGACAACUACAACCCCUGGGUCGCGUACGGCCAAGCUAAGUCCGCGAACGUGAUGAUGAUCAAAGAGCUUGCUCGGCGCGCCGCGGCGAAGAAUUUGCCGAUCAAAGCUGUUGUGCUACAUCCUGGACUGGUACUCAGCAGUGGAAUCUUGCAGAACAUCUCGAUGGACGAGCUGAAUAAGGCUAUGGAGAGCUCCAAGAAGGCCGCUGAGGCCAAUGGCGAGGAGUCCAAGCCAGAGGAGCCGAAGUCGAUUGAGCAGGGCAUCGCAACCACGGUGUAUGCUGCUGUUGCACCUGAUUUGUAUUCUGGGGUAUUCCUCAAGGAUUGUGACGUGUUGCCAGAGUCGGAGCAGAAGCCGUGGGUCAAGGAUGUCGAUCAAGCCUCGAGGCUCUGGAAGCUGAGCGAGGAGCUAGUCGGGGAGAAGUUCUUGUGA